CCGUAAACAAAACAAAAAACGUCGAAAAGAGCAACGAUUUUUUUUUCCUUUUUAUCACAGCUUUAAAUGCAUUCUUGAACUUUAUUUUACUGAGCUAUCUUUAAUUGAUAUAUCGUUAUUUUUCAAACCUUCUGGCAAGCUCAUUAACAAUGUCGGCCGCGCAAAAACGYCAAAGCUUUGAAGAACGUGCAGACAUGGACGAUCGACUGACUAGCAAACACAUUCGAACCUUGUUGCAUCUACAAGAUGUACAYGGAGAAACAGAUCGACUCAAACAACGUAUUGCUUACCUUGAAGUAURUGAAGUGAAAGCAAAAAAGUGCGAUUUCUUUGAAAAGGAAUUGGAACAUUUGAAGAAUGAAUUGUCGAAGUGUAAAGAUAUCCAUGAGCAAGCUAAGGAUUCCCAGGCAAAGCUCCAAGAGAUGCAGAAACAGUGCAAUGCAAAACUUGAUCAAAAUAACAGACAAUUAACAUAUCGACAUGAGCAAGAGAUUAUGCGAUUAGUGUCCGAGAAACUUGAGGAAGAAAACAAUUGGGCAAUUGAAAAAGAAAAGCUUUUGAAAAGAAUUGCACAAUUAGAAAGAGAAAACAGUCAUUUAAACUCACAAAAUAUUGUGCUUGAGAAUAAUUGCGACAGAGAAAAGAUGUCACAAACACAAAUUCAGGAGCUUCAAUCCAUUAUUGAAUCCUACMAGAAGCAAAACGAUGAGUUAGAACAAGCAAAGUUGUCGCUUCAGAAAGGAAUACGAGAACUUACUCGUGAAAACGACGCACUUCGGUCAUCCCUUGAAUCAGUCAAUACGAAAGUUAAGGUACUUGAAGUCCGCAUAAGACAGGCCAAGGAAGACCGAGAUGAGGCCGAGAAAAACAAACCCGCACAAAAUCCAGAUCUCGAACCGCAAGUCAAACAACUCCAAGAACAAGUACAACAUUUAGAGAAAAUUGUUGAAGGAUUGAAAAGUGAAAACGAUGAGAAAAGUCUGACAAUAGAGUCAUUACAGUUUAGUGUCCAAGAUUCGUCGCAAUCUUUGAAACACUUGUACAAAGAACGAGAUUUAUUGAAGAACAGAAUAGCAGGAUUAUUAAGUGAAAUUGAAGCUCUGAAGUUUCAAAAUCCACCAGAGCCUAAACAAUCUACGUUUUCAGAGUAUAUUCAACUGAAAAGAGACUUUACGGCUCUAAGAAACGAACAUGACAAACUACUAAAGAAAAGAGGUUCUAAACCUAACAUUCUGCCAUGUUUGACUGCAGAUUCUAGGACUGUUACUAGAACGUUGAGUGGAUCCAGCGCGAAGUCAAAGUCUAGCAGUAAUUCUUGAGUUUGUGUGGUUGUCAGUCUAGAAAGGUGUCUUCGGCGAAAAGAGUUUGACAUAUCCAGACAAAUAUCGUCUUGAUUGAUAGGUGGUGAAAGCUAAUGUAAAAAGUGUUGUCACCUGUUUUCUAAAAAAACAAUAUUUUUUGUACAAUGGAUARAACGGUCUAUAUAUUUUUUAAAUGGUGACUGCAAGCCUGUAUUUUUUAAAGGGUGAAAAAUGCUCUUGUAAAAUAAAAUGAUAAUGU